AUGAUUGGCUUUUAUGAGAUCAGUGGCUUUCCAAAAGUGUUAGGAUGUGUUGAUGGAACUCUCAUACCGAUCAAGCGUCCCCCCAUCGAUGUCGAGCAAGCGUACGUUUGCAGGAAGGGCUACCAUGCCAUCAACGUACAGGGGAUCAGUGACCACACACUAAGAAUCAGCAAUGCAGUUGCAAAAUGGCCAGGCUCAAGCCAUGACUCCUCUAUAUUGAACAACAGUCAAGUUGCAGAGCUCCUUGACACUGGGAACCUGCCAGGGGUAUUGCUCGGAGACUCGGGGUGUUUACACAAAACGACUGGUUGCCUGCCAUUCAGCACUGACAAGUGUUGUAAAGUCAUUAUCGCAUGCAUGAAGCUUCACAAUUACUGCAUGGAUGAGAAAGUGCCGCUACCAGAGCUACACGAGGAGCAUGAAGACCCCUCUCAUCACCAUCUGGCGUCAGAUGUCAUCCAUGCCAAUGAUGGACUCUCACUCAGAAACAAGAUCAUUCAACAAGUAAUCAGCCAGUCGUAA